AUGUUUCCAGAUUGGCCAGACUCUGCCGCCGACUUGAUACCUCUGCCACCGUGCGAAGGACCAAAACUAAAGCCCUUUGACUUCCAAGGACCCCAAAAGAUUGACUUCCUCGAGUACUUGGGAGAAGGCCGACACUCGUUUGUGUUCAAAGUUCAAAUCUUAGGCCGCAUCUACGCGUUGAAACUUUUCAGAUUUGACCAUGCAUUUGAAUGGGCACGCCUGAAUGACGAUUUCGAUCAAGACAACCACGCCGCCAUGUCUGCUGUUUACAACUACGCAGACCCAUUUAGCUGCGAAUGCCGUAGCUUCGGCCGCCUUCAAGAAGCGGGCCAUGAAGAACUAGCUGUUGAUUGCUUUGGCUAUCUACUUCUCGAUGAGGAACACGAGCGGAUCAUGAGAGACAAGUUCAAAGAUGACCCAUAUAUCUUCCUCGAGUUCGACGGAAAUACCGACGGACCUGGGUGCUACAAGGUACGCUCGCGAUAUCCAGGCAAGAGUGGCAAACUGCGACCCAUCCGGGGCAUCGUUAAGGAGUUCGGUACGCCUGCGGAGACAAUGCAAAAUAAAGACUUGCGUAGAAUCCUCCGAAACAUUACUCAGUUACAUCAACUUGGCAUUAUCGGUAUCGACAUGGCCGAUCGGCAACUCAUUAGCGGCAGGAUCUGCGAUUUCAGCACGGCAAUCACAAUUCCGCACUUCAUCACAAACCCCGAGCUAAAUCCAUAUCUCACCGCUGCCGCCAAAUCUGCCAUGGAAUAUGAAACGUUUUUGUACAGUAUCAACGACUACUGGUUGUUUGAUGACAUGGUAGAUCUUUGGAAUGAGGAGCACGAGGACCAGAAAACUCCACUUUCUGUGUUUGCAUUUCCGGGCGGCAACUUGAACAGAAAUAGAUACAACCUGAGAAGCACGCCCUCCCGAGACGGUAUUUAUUCCUUUGUCAACCCGAUGAAAUGCAAUUGGAGGGCGUUUUCUGCGACCACAGAGUCGGGCGUGAACGCACCGUCGAACAUGACAAAGAGAGGACCACGACAACGACAACGACAACGACUAGAGGCUGGUGGCCAAAAGCUGAAAUCUGGCCGGGUCAAUUCGAAGAGGCGAGCUGUCCGCCUAGAUGCCAAGCCGCGAAGGUGGUACUUGAAUUGCAGCCAACAGGUGGCAGCCGUCUUAAAGAUUGAUACAUGGUUCACCAACACUCUUGCUUGGGAGUUCAAGUCUGGUGUCAUGUUUCCGCACCAUAGAUGA